AUGGACCAAUUGAGUAAAUGUGGCCUUCCUCCAAUUAAACCUCCACUUUAUAAGCAACAACCAGGUAGGCCUAAAAGAGUUAGGACGAAGGAGCUUGGUGAGGUUGAAAUACCAGCCCCCAUCCCACCAAACCCUAUGCCUCCAAAUUAUCUUGCCUCACUAGCCAAGCUUAGAAGGGUUUUCAUUGAAAUAAGAUGUUGUGGAUGUGGUCAAAAAGGCCAUAAUAGAGAAACAUGUGACAGACAAAACAAUGAAAACCAACAGGUUCAUGCAUCUUCAACCCAAAUGGAGCAAGGUUUUUCUUCUAACACAAUAAGAGGGAGAGACAUAAGCAGAGGGAGAGGCAUAAGUAGAGGAAGAGGAAAUGUUGCUCAAGCUACUGCUGACCCUAAUUCUCUACAAAGUAUGGCAAGAGGUAAUAGAGAAGGAGGCAGAGGCAUAAGUAGAGGAAGAGGCAAUGUGACAAGAAGUAAUGGACAAAGAGUCUUAUCAUCUUCACAUAUUGGUUUAGGAAGAGGUUUACCAUCUUCAAAGCUAAGUGCAAUUAGAGGAAGAGUCUUAGGAAGAGGCAUAAGUGGAGGAAGAGGCUUAGGAAGAGGCUUAGGAAGAGGCUUACCAUCUUCACGAUCAACUGUGGCAAGAGGAAGGGGACAAGGAGGACCAGCUUUGGACAACAUUUCCCAUGAUAAUAACAUGGCCUCAAUAUAG